UUAUUUGUAAAAAUGAACAUUAUCGUCGGUAUCUCGGUGGCUUUAUUGGCAGUUGUUUCAGCACUACAGGUCCAGGCGAACUUUCGUUGCGAGCAUGAUUAUGACGGUCCUGCAGCACCGCUUCACUCUCACCCGAGCUCGAGUCACUUUGGUGAAGAUCCUGCAGCUGCAUUUGCAGCCCGCAUCUUGGAGCCUUUCACCUCGACUUUCACUCCACACCGUCAUGCUAAAGGCCCGUACAACCUGCUACAGCUGUUGCCGUUUCCUGUAGCGCCGUUGAACAUCGCACAACCGUUAACGCCAUUGCAGCCGACCCUUACUCAUCCCUCUCUACUUGGGCCAUUGUUUUCGCUGUUUUAAUAGUAAAAUAAAUUCUCGAAAAUAUAAUAAAACUAUCAGUUUUAUCGUUA